CCUCCAUCGUUGUUCUUCAGACCUGCGAGAAAAACAAAAAACAAAAAGCAAAAUCAAUAAAUUUUGUUUUUCGUCGCAGCAGGUCUCUCGACUCUCAGUCAGCUUACUAUUCUUCAAUACCAUGGACAUGAAGAAGAUCUCAUGCGCCGUCAUUGUGGCCGUCGCCGCCUCUAUGAGCGAAGUCAUGGCUGCUGGCGCUCCAUCUCCAGCUCCAGCUUCAGCUCCAGGUGCAGCUUCAGCUUCAGCAGCUGCCCCAGGCCCAGACUCCAGCGUCGCAAUCUCAACAAUGCCUGUUCUUGGGUCCUUGGUUGGAGCCACCCUUGUUUCUUUCUUUGCCUACUAUUUGCAGUAAGCCAGCAAGAAUAUACGAAAGCAUGAAGUGUUGAAGAAUAAAAAAUGGGGGAUUAAUAAAUGUAAAAUAUUACUCGGGGUUCAA